GUUCUUCCGUCUUAUAUUACUCUGUAUUCUUUUGCAUAUUCCGUAUACAUUAAUGAAAAUAUAUGGUUAAAGUUUAAUACUUUACCAAGAAAAUGAAAAAAUGGAAAUAAAAACCGUAUAUAGGGACGAAAAAUUAUAAAGAUAAAUUAACUAAAAAAAAAAAACGAUAACCAACGCGAUAACUAAUUAACUAUCCGAUAUUCCCACCACAUAAUUGAAUUGGAAAAGCAAAACCUUUGACUCUUCCAUUUUUCUGAAUUUGGCAUUUCCCCUCCAUUUUUCUGCACUCAAUAUCCUUGCAAUUCCUCCAUUAUUCCAUUAACCAUCUCAAAGGAAGAUCUAGAAGAAAUCUGGAUUAAAAAUGGAGGGUCAUCAUCCUUAUUCUCCAAAAGAUCUGAACUUGCCUGGAUUUGUCCCUAAUUUUCUUUCUGCUUCUGAAAUUUUGGGUGUUUUUGCUGUUGCUACUGUUAUUGUUUUCUCCGUCUCAUGGAUUCUUCCUGGUUUGUUUUCGAAGACAACAAAACUUGAAAGAUUGCUCAUAUGCUGGUUUACUAUCACUGGUCUAAUACAUAUGGUUGUUGAGGGAUACUUCGCUUUCUCACCAGAUUUCUACAAGGACAAGAAUGGAUUUUUCUUGGCCGAAAUUUGGAAAGAAUACAGCAGAGGUGAUUCAAGGUAUGCCUCUUUCGACUCUGCAAUUGUUGCUGUUGAAGGAGUAACAGCCGUUAUAGAAGGCCCUGCUUGCCUUUUAGCAGCGUAUGCUAUAGCAACCCGCAAAUCCUAUAGGUAUGUUCUUCAGCUGGCUGUAUCUCUCGGGCAAUUCUAUGGUCUUGUGAUAUAUUACAUAACCGCAAUAUUGGAAGGGGACCAUUUCUCUGUGAGUCCAUUGCACUACUACGCAUAUUACAUUGGAGCAAAUGCGCCAUGGGGAAUCAUACCGUUCCUCAUAAUCAUCAGAUGUUGGAGAAAAAUUUGUGAAUCUGAGGGUAGAAGUAAGAUAAAAACCAAAUGAAACUUAAGCAGUAGUUAAGCUAAUGUUACAUGAUCCUUUUUUUUUUUUUUUUUCGCACAUCUACAAGCUUCCAAUUCUUCAUCUACUCAAUUUUGAACUACAAUUUCGCAAGAAAUGAUAUUUUUGUAAUCAUUUACUAGUAUUAUGGAUCUUUAAUUGUUGAAUUUAAAGCAACUCCUUUUUCCUGCUGUGA